AUGAGUGCUCAAGAUGUUGAACAAGUAGCUCAAGAUGUCAGCAAAUUGAAUGCUACUGAGGCCAAGAAGGAACAAGUCGUCACUCCAUGGGAUGUCGAAGGUGCUGUCGAUGAACAAGGUAAUGCCCAAGAAAUUGAUUACGAGAAACUGGUUAAACAAUUCGGUACCAAAGCUAUCAAUCAAGAGACUUUAGAUAGAUUUGAAAGAGUCACUGGUCAAAAACCACAUCAUUUCAUGCGCAAAGGUCUAUUCUUCAGCGAACGUGACUUCUCCCAAAUUUUGGAUCUAUAUGAACAAGGUAAACCAUUUUUCUUGUAUACAGGUAGAGGUCCAUCAAGUGAUUCAGUUCAUAUGGGUCAUAUGAUUCCAUUCUUAUUCACUAAAUGGUUACAAGAAGUUUUUGAUGUUCCAUUAGUCAUUGAAUUGACUGAUGAUGAGAAAUUCUUGUUUAAACAAAAAUUAACCAUUAAGGAUGUUAAAGGUUUUGCCCGUGAAAAUGCUAAGGAUAUCAUUGCUGUUGGUUUCAAUCCUGAGAACACUUUUAUCUUCUCAGAUCUGUCAUACAUGGGUGGUGGUUUCUACGAAACUGUUGUUCGUGUCUCAAGACAAAUCACAGGUUCCACCGCUAAAGCUGUCUUCGGUUUCAAUGACUCUGAUUGUAUUGGUAAGUUCCAUUUUGCAUCCAUCCAAAUUGCUUCUGCCUUCCCAAGUUCCUUCCCUGAAGUUUUGGGUUUACCAGAUAAAACACAAUGUUUGAUUCCUUGUGCUAUUGAUCAAGAUCCAUAUUUCAGAGUUUGUAGAGAUGUUGCGCAAAAAUUGAAAUUCACUAAACCAGCUUUGUUACAUGCCAAAUUUUUCCCAGCUUUACAAGGUUCUUCAACCAAAAUGUCGGCAUCUGAUGAAAAUAGUGCUAUUUUUUUAACUGAUACAGCCAAACAGAUCCAAAAGAAGAUCAACAAGCAUGCUUUCAGUGGUGGUCAAGGUACAAUGGAGUUGCAUAGAGAGCUUGGUGGUAAUCCAGAUGUGGAUGUUGCUUUCCAAUAUUUGUCAUUUUUUAAGGAUGAUGAUGAAUUCCUAAAGAAAACUGCUGAUUCGUACAGAAGUGGUGAAUUACUUUCUGGUGAAAUGAAGAAGUUAUGUAUUGAGACUUUACAAGAAUUUGUUAAGAAUUAUCAAGAACGUAGAAGUCAAGUCACUGAUGAAGUUUUAGAAAAGUUUAUGAGACCACACAAAUUGGUUUGGGGUCAAAAGGAGAGAUUGGUGCCUAUCAAGCCAAAGGAACCAAAGAAAUAA